AAGAAUGAUCAAAAUGACCCGACCAUCCAAUUGAUCAUCAUACCAGACCAGCUGGUAAUGGAUGGCCGAUCGGCGGGUGGAUGUGAGCGCCAAGCCAAGAAGACCUACUACCAUGGAGUACGAAAGGCGCCAAGCAAGGGUCAGGUCUGCCAAUCCCAAGGGUCAUUACCCAAGGGCUUGGAGAUGUUUCCUCUGCCGACCGGCGUUAUUGCAGCCCUCCGCCAAGCCCCCGUGCCGAGCUCUUUAG